AUGAGCUCUGCGAAUGCAUCUCAACGGCAGCAGCAGUGCCCAUUAGGGGAUGCCGGUGCUAACAUUGUGGUUCCAAUGGACCCUAUUAGUCCCACGAUUUCUGACACUGACUACUACAGGGACAUCCUCAACAGCCGUGGCUUGUUCACAUCUGAUCAGACUCUCUUGUCAGACACUGCUACUGCGAACCUAGUAUACCAUUAUGCCCGAAAUCCUUACUUCUGGGGAAUGAAGUUUGCUGAUGCUAUGGUGAGGAUGGGUCAGAUUGAUACUCUCACAGACAAUGAAGGAGAAAUUCGAAGGAAUUGUAGGGUGCUAACUGAGCACAAAUGGAGAAGAACAGAAUUUGAGACUUGUAGAGAUUUAUCUGAAGAACCAACGACGUACGACAUAACAACUGUAGCAGCAUCUGCAACAGUACAGACAUCAGCAGUUCAUCAGUAA